AUGUCUUCGAGUUCGCAGGCAACCUCGGGCACGCCCUUCUCCGUCGCUGCCGACCUGCAGCCGUGUCGCCUCCUGGAGCUGCCCCCGGACCUGCUCGAAUACCUCAGCACAUCCGAUUCCCCCACUCUGAGCUUCAAAGCCAGAGACGCGACAGAUCCAGAGGCCUUCCUGACCACAACCCACAAGACCUAUCUCAUACGCCAGGUCCACACCUCCAACACCCUCUACCUCACAUCUCCUUCGCACGCCGCCCCCGGCACUACUGCCAUCUCGCAAUGCCGCUCUGCCCUUGAGUGUCUUCCUGCUCCCAGCCGUCAUGCCGAAUCCACCCUCCGCUCUCUCUUGGUUCCUUUCGCCGAACCCCAGGACAUCGACAUCCGUCCAUCCAAUCCGCAGUCCAAGAGCUACGUCUUUGCGCAUACUCCAAUGAGCCAUGACGAGUGUCAAACUGUCUGGAAACAUCUGAUUGCCUUUGAGCACUCCGGCCAGAGCUUUCGACCCACUGCUGCUGCACUUGCAAGAGUUUGGAAAUGGUUGCUGGAGAUCGCAUAUGCAAAUGCCGUCAACCUGGCAGAGCCUUUACAGAAAGGGACGAUUGACAAGAUGCUCGAUGGCGAAGACGAGUGGCCAAGCACUCUGGUCGAUGCCAUCUUCCUGAAGCUGUCCACAAGCCAUGCAGAUUCACUGCAGCUCCAGCAGCAGGCUACCGUCGCAUGGGUAGGGACCAAUAUACUGGAGUCGCAUCGCCAGAACAACAAGCAGUCGUUCAUGGAAACGUCAGUGUUUCUGAACGCCUGGAAAGACGCCCUACCAGAGACGUGGCGGUCUGACGUGACUCUUGACAUGCUGAAGGGUCUAUACAAGCUAUCCGGAGGCGGGAAACGCAUUGAAUUCGUCCACAACCAGAGUACGCAUGCCGAAGAAGCCACGGCUGGCGCACUUAAGACAUCGGCAGCUACAACUGCUGGAAAGAGAAAAUGGCACGAGAAGUUCGCUGCGGCGAGGAAGCAAGGCAAGCCGUCUUGA